CCCAUACAGCCUCAUACAUUCUUCAGGGCCAGCACGAUAUAAACAACUUCUAAAACUUCACUGUGGUGUAACAAGUAUACUGGAUUUAUGCUGGAAUUGAGGGUUAUAUAUAUUUCCUUAGGCUUCUCGUUUCGAUCUCCACGACUGCGAAGCAGGAUAAAACUCGACCUUUUGAGAACUUGGAGGACUAUGUUGACUAUCGGAUUGUUGACACGCGGGCACCGUUUACGAGAAAGUUACUCCAAUUGUGAAGCCUUGCUAUGCUGCCCGGGCUUGGCAAAUGACUACUUUUCUUUCGACGUUGGGUGGGAGGAAUUUUAGCCAGCUGAGAAAACGACCAUGACAAACGCUGUAUGGCCUUUCAUGCAAUGGCACAAUGUCGGCGUGCCGGAAGCCAAAAGGCUAGUACAGCAAGUGACGAACAAAUA